AAACAAUCAAAUUGGAAACCACUUCUCAAUUGCCGUCGUCCAACACACACACUCACAUACAACAGGCCAUGAGCAAGAACACGGAAAAGUCGGUGCUCCUCAAAACUUCCUCGGAUGGCGCCAUCCCGCUCCGCCAAGAGCUGCGCGAACUGGCCAGCAUGGCCAUCCAAUUGUCUCUGCGCCAAAUGGUGCGCCAAGUGAUGACCAUCACGGACGCUGCGUUCCAAGGCCACAUUGGGACCAAGCAGUUGGCUGGUGUCGCGCUCGCUGGCAUGUGGAUGGGGGUGCCGUCGGCAUUCAUCCAGUUCGCCAUCCAGGCCAUCUCAACCUUGUGCUCGCAAGCGUACGGCGCCGGCAACAACCAACUCGUGGGCGUGUGGCUCCAAACCGCGAUCGUGUUUGCCGUCGCGGGCGCCAUCCCCGUCAUGAUCUGGUACAUGUUUGUGGGCCACAUGAUUGCAUUCACGAUGGACGACGCCGAGACCGUCGCGUACGGCACCCAGUUCGCGCGCGUGAUGGCGAUGGGGCUGAUCCCUCAGUACAUUUACGGCGCGCUGACCACGUACUUUGCCACGCAAGGGGUGAUCAUGCCUGCGACGUUCUGCAGUUGCUUUACCAUGUGCCUCAACAUUGUGUUCAACCAAGUAUUUAUCUACGGCGCGUACGGGUGGACCGGGCUCGGCUUCAUCGGGUCGCCCUUGGCCACCGUCGCCAGCACGUUCGUGCAAUUGUUCCUCUUUGUCACGUACACGAUUGUGAUCAAGGGGUACCACAAGCAGUACUGGGGCGGUUGGACGUGGGACUGCAUCAAGAAGGAGCGCGUCCAAGUGUUUCUGGCGCUGGCCAUUCCCAUGGGGGCGUCAUCGGUCGUGGACUGGGCGUCGGCCACGGUUGCCGGUGCAUUCUCGGGCUACCUCGGCCCCAACAUUGCCGCGUCCAACGCCGUCAUGAACGGGCUCUUUGGCGUCGUCAACUCGUGCGUGAGUGGAUUCUCUGGGGCUACGCAGAUCCGCAUGUCUCGGUACUUGGGCAAGGGCAGCGCCGACAGCGCCAAGCGCGUGCUGUACAUGGGCGGGUCGAUCGUGAUGGGGUGCUCGGUCGUGCUCCUGUUUGUGUUCUUCCCGUUCCGCCGCAACUUGUUUGGCAUUUGGAGCAACGACCCCGUGAUUGUCGAAAUGUGCUCGGACGCAAUCGUCGUGUUUGUCAUUUGCAUCCUCGUCGCGUUCGUGCGCUUCCUCCUCACGGCGUGCAUGAACGCGCUGUCGAAGGCCGACUUGAACCUCCUCGCCAACAACAUCGCGUCCUGGUGCGUGUAUGUGCCGCUCAGCUACGUCUUGCCCAUCACGCUCAAGUGGGGCCUCGACGGGUUCUGGAUUGCCGACACGCUGGGCGAGUUCAUCAAGGCCAUGAUCCUCGUCUGGGGCGUGCUGCAAGUCGACUGGAACGUCGCUGCCAAGGAGGCGCAAAACGCCGCCGAAUCGGGCGAUGUUGAUGUCGAAGAAGAGCAAGAGCUCAACCAGAUGAAGAAUGAGGCGCUCAUCACACCCACGGGCCUCAAGAGCCCCGCCAGCACCCUCGGCAUGACCCCCGGCCGCACCCCCACCGCCAUGCGACGAUCGCUCAACGCCACGCCUAAAGCCAAGCGAACGGCAAGCUUGCACGUGUAAACAUUGCUUUAUAAUGUAGUAUGGAAUUGCAAUGAUUACGUCGACAACUUGGGUGCAACGUGCCAUGCAAGCAUCGGCACUGCGACCACAGGAAUCUUAACACCAAGCGUAUAGCUCUACGUACUUACUGUACAGUAGUAGUAGUCACACUCCAUGAACCAACGACGUCGAGGUUAU